UGAAAUAGUGCUAAAAGAUCAGACAAAUAACCAUGUAGGGCCAUAACACAUCCGACAGAGGGUGUAGUUGUUCCACACGAUUACUGCGUAGUGGACGUUUAUUUUCCAAACCCUAACAGGAAGUUAGCUUCCACUGCCUGCGUGUGAUCUCACGGUUGUAAUUAAUCCGUGGUUUCUGUGUCAUGACUGUAGCAGCACGGAGUUGUGUUUUCAAACUCCAAAAUGCGGCGGUACAGUCGUGCACUGCUGCUAUGCACGGUGUUUGCCGUGUGUUCCGGUCUGUACGUUUACAAUAAGCUGCUGUACUCGGACGUUUCACUGGUAGGAAACAACGGACCGAGGAGAGCAAGCGGAGCUGCGGCAGAAAGACGAGGGGCCGCGGAGAACAGUGGGCCCCGAAACAUACACUGGUACAACAGGUAUAUCAUGCGUCAGCGGGGACAGGUAGAGGCUGGCAGAGGGCGCCACGUUCAACCUGAACCCCAGUCCCCCAUGCAUCUGGCUGUGGUGGCCUGUGGUGAAAGGCUAGAGGAGACUGUGACCAUGAUCAAGUCUGCUGUGCUUUUCAGUGUCAAAGAGCUAUAUCUUCACAUUUUUGCUGAAGACCAACUCCAUGCGAGUUUUAUGGAGGCCUUGGAGUCCUGGCCAGACUUCAUUCGCUCCAGGUUCAAGUACACUGUCUACUCCAUCAGCUUCCCCAGUGACAACGCAGUGGAGUGGAAGAAACUCUUCAAACCCUGUGCAUCUCAAAGGCUCUUUUUACCUCUGAUCCUGAAGGAUGUGGACUCGCUGGUGUACGUGGACUCUGACAUCCUGUUCCUACAGCCUGUAGACAGCCUGUGGACAUUCUUGUCCGAGUUCAAUUCCUCUCAGCUGGCUGCCAUGGCACCAGAGCACGAGGAGCCCCGCAUCGCCUGGUACAACCGAUUCGCUCGCCACCCGUUCUAUGGUAGGACGGGUGUGAACUCUGGGGUCAUGCUUAUGAACAUGACCAGAAUGAGGAGCAUGUUUUUUAAGAAUGACAUGACAUCUGUGGGGCUGCGCUGGGAGGAGCUGCUAAUGCCUCUUCUCCAGAAAUACAAACUCAACAUCACCUGGGGCGACCAAGAUCUUCUCAAUAUCAUCUUCCACCACAACCCAGAGACAUUGCUGGAGUUUCCGUGCAAGUGGAACUAUCGUCCAGAUCACUGCAUCUACGGCAGCAACUGCGCUUCGGCGGAGGAAGACGGCAUUUACAUACUGCAUGGAAACAGAGGAGUUUACCACGACCACAAGCAGCCGGCAUUUAGAGCCGUUUAUGAGGCCAUACGAACGUACUCUUUCGGUGCAGAUUCAGUGACGUCACUGUUGGACCCUCUGGAAGAAGAGCUGCUGAACACGACACACACUUACUGCGGUAAAUCCUCCGCACUCUUCACCAAGAGACUGAUACACAAUCUGGUCAACACCAACAGGAAUCUUCGAGAGGGAUGGUAACAAAAAUACAAUCUCAGGAUUGGACAGGGCCUGACUUCAGUCUCCAUGGAGACUUGUACGAGCUAACACUGGAAAAGCUAACACUGGAAGGAACGUUGACGUUCCUCUGUUACUGUGGAAGCAGAGUUUUUUUUUUUUUGAUGACGUUAGCAGUAGCUCAACGCACAGUGACUGGAGAUGCCAAUCAUGCCAUACUAGUCACCGACUUCCAGGUCCAGGAGCUUGCUCAAAAGUUUCAAUCCAAAACGUUUUGUUUUGGUCACUCCAGAAAAAUUCACAGAGACGGGAAAACUUAAACCAAGAAAAACUUCCAUUGACCAAAGAUUGGACUUCUGACUGUGGGCCAAUCAACACAACAGUGUUUGACAUUUCUGCAUGGCUAACUUGCUAACAGCAAACAGCCCUCAAUCUCAGUAGAACAUUCAGGUGUCAAAUUGGGAAAACUGUGGCUAGCAUGCUUGCUAACAGAAUAAGCAUACGCGAUGUUUGAACUGUGUAACUGACGGUCCCCGUGUUUCUGAACGAGUGUGAGAAUAUAGAUCUGUAAAGGUUUAGUAAAAGUAACUGUUGACUUUCCAUAUUGGAGAAUUGAUGAAACACUGAAACAUUCAGUGAAAUGUUCUCUUUAUUCAAAGAGAAAAAGAAACAUUUGAACUGGAGAACGCACUGCACCACUUUUUUUAGCUUGUCUUUACAGUACUGUGGUAAAAUGUCAGUUUUUGCAAUAUAUAUAUUUUUUAUUUUACAUCUUACAUUUUAGGAUUGUACAGAUUUUCAGGUUUUUUCAUUAUUAAGUUUGUAAACAGAAUGCUACGGAUUGUGUGAAUAAGCUCUAACUUCCUCUCUAAUGCCAAAGUUUUUCUUUUAUUACUGUUUUUAUGGGUUUUUUUGUUUUGUUUUUUGCACCAGUGAAUGUAUUCAAACAUUUGAAAGUUGUAAAUUUUAUUUGAAAUGCGUUUGAUGUGAAUGUUUUUCCUUUUGUUGUGUUUGGCUGUUUUUUUACAUAUGUAUAUGUAAUACACGUUGUUUCACAUUUUUGUCUCUUUGUGGAGCAGUGUCUCAUCUAACCACUAGAGGGAAGCAUUUCUUCAUGUCACCUUAAGUCCCACUACUUUGGUUUACAAGAGUCUCAAGCCACCCUUGUUCUUUAAGUUAAACCUGGACCAUGUGAGAAAAGCUGAAUUAUUUUUGACACAUUUCAUUCAACUCUGCAUCACUUUUCUCCCGUAAUCAGAUUUUCUCAUCGUUGUUAUUCAAAUGAUGGAUAUAACAGGAAUCAAGCCUCGGGAAGUGGAUCCCAAACAGAU